CUUCAUCAAGGCCUUCCGCGUCAGCCUCACACUAUUAACUCCAAGGCCAACCUUGAUCGGGUAGUGCUCGCGCGCUCGGCCGCGCUCGUUGCGAAUUUCGGGCCCGAGCGACUUGCCUUGCGGCUGAGACAGGGCUGGGCGAUCCAUCACAGGUAUUUCAUCUGCUCCAUCCCGGCGGAGUACGCUCUUUGAUCCUCAAUCCGUUUUCUCAUUUCUUUCUCUCGUCUGCUAUUCAACAUGGGGUUUGAAGAAAAGUCGCUCGUCGAGCUGGCGAAGAUCAUCAGUGAUCGGGCGGGCACUCUCGAGAAGUAUCUUGAUGAACAUAAAUUGCCCCAGCCCACUCUCCUGCCUAGCGGGUCGGAAGACGACUACCUUCAAAAGGGCAGCAAGGAGAUCAAGGCGGUCCGCGACGAGCUUCGUGAUGCCACGAAACAACUCGAGGCCCUUGCGACGGGAACGCCUUUGCGCGCGUUCGAUGUAUGCCUAGUGGAUAUGCAUGUACCCGCUGCACACCACUUACUGGCGAAGUAUGCCAUACCCAAACACGUCCCACAAGAGGGUUCGAUCUCCUACAGCGAGCUGGCGGAGAAAAGCGGGCUCCACGAAGACCGCUUGAGGCGCCUCCUCGCUUUCGAGCAGACCAAUUACAUCUUCACCGCGUCGGGACCCGAUCGAGUCUCCCACACCGCUGUGUCGAAGUACCUCUCGACCGAAAUUGGCUUCGCUGGCAUGAGCCACAUGCUGGACGAAUGUUACACUUCCUUGAGUCGCGUUGGCGACGCGUGGGACAAAUGGCCAAACUCCCAAAGCCCUCUCCAAACGGGAUACCAGAUCGCAUACAACACAGACAAAGACCCUUUCACGCAUUGGGCGGAAUCAGCGCCUUGGAGGGCCGCGCGGUUCGGCCAGGCCAUGCAAUUCGUGACCGGGAUUACGAUGGAGUCGGUGUUUGACUUUGACUGGGCCUCGCUCGGGGCUGCGACGGUCGUCGAUGUCGGCGGCAGCAACGGGCACAAGUCGAUUGCCAUCGCUCGAGCAGCGCCGCAGAUCACGUGUGUCGUGCAGGACCUCGAAGUGACCGUCAAGGCGGCGCCUGCUCUGCCGCCGGACGUGGCGGAUCGGGUUUCGUUCGAGGUGCACGACAUGUUCACGCCGCAGAAGCGUACGCAGGCCGACGUCUUCUUCUACGCCCGCGUCUUCCACGACUGGCCGGACCACGAAUGUCGUCGCAUCUUGGAGCAACUCGUGCCGUCCAUGAAGCGUGGCGCCCGUCUAGUGUUCGACGAGGUUGUCAAAGUCCCGUCCUCCGAGGCGAAUUUCGUGGAGCAGAAGAUGCCUUAUGCCCUCGAUAUGCACAUGAUGCAAAUGUUGAACGCUCGCGAGCGUUCGCUGCAGGAGUGGAAAACGCUGGUGCAUGACGGCUCUAAGGGACAACUCGUCCUGGAGAAGGCCACCAGCGGGAUGGUGUCGUUUAUCAAGUCAGCGUCUACUUGAUUUUGGACUACGCAAGCUAUGUAAGACACAACGGUGUAUUUCACCGUCGAUUAUUAUCUAGGGCUCGUACAUAUAUAUCGUAAACGAUGAGUUGUAUUCCACAGCAACGAACUGGGCUGCGGGCUUCCACGUGGAUGUGGAGUCGCUGUCCUUCCCCACGCUAGUCCCGAUGCGUUAGGUCCUACCGUUAUCUGGCCCCGCCGACGGUGAAGGGUCUCGCCCGCGGCUCGAAAAAG